AUGUCUGGGCUUAAAUACUUCUCCUACGAGGACUAUGGCGUCACCCUGCGUAAAGAGAUGCACUACAGUCAAGCUGUACGUGUAGGUAAGAAUAUCAAAAUCUCCGGCCAGAGGGGCUGGGAUCCGAAAACGGGAGAGAUUUCGGAUGAUCUCUUACAAGAAAUCGACCAAGCUUUCGAGACUGUUGACUUAACGCUCAAAGACGCCGGUGGCCAGGGUUGGUCUCAGGCUGUAGACGAGGCAUGGACUCCAGAGGGCAUAGGAAGAAUGGUCGAUAACAUCAAGAAGUGGACGCCUAAUCAUACGCCCAUACUGACCGGUGUUGGGGUCACGAAACUUGGGCAGCCUAGAAUGCGCAUUGAAGUGGAGGUCUCGGCAUAUGACCCUCGUGAGCCCAGUAAGACAAGUGAGACAAAAGAAGAUGCCCAAGCAACCUGA